AUGGGAAGCGCUUUUGACCCAUCUGCGCGUUCAGUGGAGAACGCGGGCGCAAACGCCUGGCCUUUGCAGAUUGACUCCACUAGCGCCACCGUUUUCCUCAUGCUUUGCACCUAUUACGUAGUCGGAGUGGAGGAGUUACCGCUUGUCUCGCGGGUGUUUGGAUAUGACAACCACUGCGGAUCUGAAGAAAAUAACAGGUUUCGGAUUGCAAGCUUUCAUCCGCUAAGAGGGAGGAAGGGGGCUAGACCUUCCACGGUUGAACGCGCGAUCUUCCUUGCCCAGGGUGCCAUAUCGGUACUCUGGUUUGCCUUUCCUCACGAAUCGAAGUCGCAACAGUCAGUGUCCCAAGCUCCGCCGCAUCAUCAGGAACGAUACGAUACUCCUAUCCACGAUGCAUUUGUAUUAGUGUGGUCGGUCCUCGUCUUUCCAUUUCAGGCCCUCGACACUGCCGGUGGCACGCUUUUUGGAUGGGUCACAACACCGGAAUCAUGGCUCUUGAGUGCUCCACAUUGUUUACUGGAAGUCCUCCCCUCCCAGCUCGUGGAUGGGGGACGAGUGAAGUUGGUUCCGCUCUUCAAUGUUCUCCUGCCGUGGGUAAUCUAUUUGUCCACUGCAGGGCUCUGGAUGAGAUUGGUACUAAUUCUCUGCCGAAUGAAGAAGCGCGAAAAUGACCUUAGUAGGCAAAUGCUACGCAGCGCGAAGGCGGAAUCGACUACACUGGGAGAGGAACUUAAGACUUGCGUUAAUGACCGUGGCCCAUCUCAACAGCAAGUACAAAUGAAGGGAGGUGUUCUUAGUCUGUGGAGCAUAGAACUAUGGGAAUACUUCUCACACUACUUCUUCUUUACAGCUGUAUGCCCGCUAUGCAUGUUCGCUAUUCUUCUUGGAAGGGCGCAGUUGUGGCCGCUUUUGCUUUGCUGUAUAAAGUGGCGGUUGCUUGUUUUUCUGGGCCGAGUGCUUGUCCUGGAGCCCCGUGGGACUCUCUCCAGAAAGUGCCCGUGCAGCUUCUGCAUCGUGACAUCUACAACUUCCGCAGCUUCUGUGAGAGAUGCCACUGGCUACCGUAACGGAAGUGGAAGCACCAGCGGAGACUUCAUUAAACCGAAGGCCGGAAUGCAGUUCUUCCUUUCCAACGGCAGCUUCUGCAUGCUGGCUGCUCUACUAACGCUAGAUACAUUUUUCGUGACAGGGCACAGGACGAAAUUAAGCGCGCUUCCGAUCGAAGCUGGCUUUGUGGGGUUGUUGGAGUUUCAUCCCCUCUGGUCCUUUGUAACGUCGUUUCUGCACACCUACUUUGCCUACAUUAUCUGCUGUCCACUUAUUUUUAUGCUCGCCUUUUUGCGUACGGCGCAUCUGGCAACAGACAAGGCCGCCCCCAUCGCGUUAGCCCUAGAAGGAUCCACAGCUCCUGAAGUGGUGCUGAUGACUACCCUAAUGAUUGGAAAAGUCACUUUUGGGUAA